AGGAUUUCACAGCUGUCAUCAUGGAUGUAGACAAGUCCAAAAACAAAUUACUUACUGUCCUUCAAGCGAGAGGCAUCCCCCUUGGACUAGACGAUAUUCAGUGGGCCUUUGAUGCCGAUGUUACCAGGAAAGAAGCCGCAGCAUGGAUUGAGGAGUAUCUCAACGAAGCUACGCUAUUAACCCGGGAGGAAAAAGAGCUAUACGAUGCUAUUGGAGAGACAACAAAGCUCGAAUUAUCCUCCAGCUCCCACGAGGUGGUGCCUCUGCUGGACCGCGACAUCAAGGAGGCAAUCGCGGCGUUGAAGUCGUCGACGUCGGCGAUCGAGAAUCACGCGAAAGCCCUAGAGACGCAAAAGGAAGUUUUGCUGCAGCUGCGAGGUGCCCAUCCCGCCGCGAGAGGACCGCCUCGUGGCGGCGCUGCGAAGUAUGCGCAGGAGAAAAGCAGUCUGAGCUUCGCGAUCGAGGACCUGUCGUUCUCGAUCACCGAGCAGCUCAAGGAAGCGGAGACGGAAGCCGCAAAGUCACUUUACGCGCUCAAAUCGUUCAGCUCGGAGCGCUUGGCUGCCGACGAGCAGGUGCUUGAAGCGCUGUCCGCCGUCUCUGGUAAGGCCCUCUCGACCACGGGGCCUCAAGUCAGCCACGCAGAGUUGGAGAAGUGGCUCCAAGCCCUCGCUGCUCUGCGAGCCAGCGAGGUCAAAUCCAGAAUAAACUCCAUUCUCGCGCCGGCGGGUCCGAUUGCGAACGAAGAGCUUGGCGACGAAGACCUGGAGCUUCAGGCGGAACUCGAGACGCUGAAGGAUGAGAUCGACGCGGUAGUCCACAUGGUCAUUGGGCACGAGCUCCGAAAUCCGUUGAUGAAGAGUGUCGAAGCUUUCGAAAAAGGUGACCGUGCAGGUCGCCAAAGUUGGUCCCGCUAUCUUCUAUCCAUGCUCGAGUAUUUGGUGGCUCAGCUUGACGGGGCCAGCACACGAGUGUCCGAAUUACGCAGCUACAGUGACGCACUGCUUGAAAUCAGAUCAAUUGUGGCAGCUAUCGAAGAAGAAAGUAAGACAAGAGAUGAACCAGCCGUUGCGUCGACUGCACCCAACCUUACCGUUAAAUCUCCCGCUCUCUCCUCCGCACCGCAGACCCCAACUAGCUCGAUACCCUCCGCUCUGCGACGAUUAAACAUCCAGCCAACGGAGGGCCUGUCCAAACUCGACACGCUUGCGUUGGCUUCCUCUGCGAAGCUGCAAGCGCAAUACGCUUCCACCGAGAAGAUCUUCAUCGAUACUCUGGGUAAAUCUCUCGAUCCAAAGCAAAAAGAUGCACUUGCCAUCCUCAAGCAGCUGUAUGCCACCUCACAUUUCGGCUCGAUCCAUCUCAUUGACGAAGGUCUGGAAGCCAAGAUAUCCGGUUUAGGGAAGAGGAUUGACGAGCUGGCACCCAAGAUAGCAACAGGAGACUUGAGGUGAUGGAAACACGCAUGUCGUUUCUUUCCUGUGAUGAUACAUUCUACAAAGUUGCCCCCCCUCCUGCUGAGGUUGCGCGCGUUGUAUCUGAGGGCGAUUAUAAAUUCGUGCUAGAUUUGAGAUGAGAGAAAAGUUGUGAAUACAAGCAAGUAUUUAAGUGUGAAACAGAUGCUUGCUACUAGUGAUGUAUGCCAUAACGAAGUUCGCAGGACACAAAGAAGCAGAGAUGCCG